AUUCAUAGACGGUGCCCUCACUGUAAACUGUUGGAAAUUACCAUCAGUCCUCAACCCAUGAUCAAAUUUGGUAGGUGGGUAACAUUGAGGAGAGAGAAGUACUGCUGUCGAACAAGCUUAUAAAAUGUACAGCGUUCGAGCAUUUCCAUUUUCUGCAAGCUUUCAUCUCAACAAGAUUUUGUGAUUGAUGUGCGAAGAAAGAGCUUCUGGGCAUGACUCCGAGCUUGAUCCUUUACUUACUACCCAUCUGGAAUGUUUGACCACUGUGUAGUGGGAUAUCACAUCAUGCAGUUGCAAGAAUCAAGCAUGUUGGGCUCACCUCCAUUGAUUGGCAUGCACCAGCAAACGAGGGCAGUUUUGAUGAGCGAAAGUGAUGUGCCCAGUGGGCUCUCACACACAAACGUCAUAAACAGAAGAGCCCAUUGGCCUUGAGCUCCGAAAGGGCCAUGGAGCUGGUGUGCUUCAUGUGACGAACAAUAGUGUAGAUCUAGCCGUUCAGUGGAGUACGGGCUCGUUCAGUCUAGACCUCGGCCGGGUGCUUGUCCUGGCCUAAACCUCCUCCUCUGGUUUCUUCCCGUCGACCGGUGAGCGAUGACCGAUGACCGGGUGCGAGAGAAACCGGCACCCUGGGUUGCUCAAGGAGACAAUGGAAUGGAGCAAAAUUCUCAGUGAAAUAGGAAUGGAGCAGAAUUUUCAAUGAAUUGGGAAUGGAGCAGAAUCUGCGCUCUUCGCUCGUUGCGUCCGUGAGGCAUAAUGAGGUGAUGAUGUGCCCACGCUAGAAAUCAAUUCCUCCGUUGCAGAGCUAGCGAUACCUGCCAACAAGUCGCAAUUACAACAGCUUGAAGAGUGCUUGUACUCCGAGUGUCACCGGAGCACCUAACCGCAAGGUGGCGCUGACCGGACUUCAGAGUCCAGGCACGGUGAGAAGAACAGCGCCAUGGGUCUGAGUAGAGACUCUGGGAUUAGAAUAAGCAAAAAGCAUUUGAUCGCACGUUGCCCGGGAAGGUAUUUUUCUCGGCGAUCACAUGUUACAUGUUGGGUCCGCGCAAUCAAUUUGGUCACAGGGUCGAUGAUAUGCUUGACGGCGAAAAGCUCGGAGAGAAGAGGAAUAAAUCCAGUGCUCUGUCCAUAAGCAAAAGCCUUGCUGACAUUGUUUUCCAAUAAAUCGGUCGAGCCGGUUCAGCCGAAGCGUCUGCCAGAACCUGCUUGAGCCAGCUGGGUCGCCCACAGUGGGCCUCCUCCGAAUCUUUGAAAACCACCACGCCGAUGGCAAGCCUCGUGGAAUCAUUUGCGCAUAUUCCGACCUUGGAGCAAGUGAAGACAGAAUCGUUUGAACCCGCGAGAUGUGCCCUCGUUGAAUUUGAAUGUGCUGUGCUGUACGGGGCCGACGGCCAAGCAUAGCGACGACGCAUCCAUCCAUCAGGGUGAGAUUUGUUCCCUCUGGAGCGCCUCAGCUGAAAGAGUCUGAGGCAAAGCGCCUCAUCGCCAGAUGCCUUUAAGGCACUGUGGCUGUUCCUCUGGGCUCACAUUCAUGUCCGAUAUUUGCAAGCGCCAUGUAUGUAUGUAUGUCGGUUACUGGGCAGGAGGAGCAGAUGGAGGAAGACGGGCAUGUGGCACGACCCUUUUAUGCGACUACCAGAUGUAAAGGCCGGAGGUUUAUUCCCGUGGGGAAAUUGUGUUUCUGUGAAAUUACAGAGCAAUUGAAGCUCUGUAAUUUCAAUUGAAGAGCGCUGGAAGAGAGAGAGAUUGAGAUAUUGAUUGAGUGACUGAGAUCAGCAGCAUCCCCACAGUGAGCUUCGCAUAGACAGCGAAUUCGGUGGGCCAGAGUGGGGUCAUAAUGUGCGAAUCUGCCGUUUUUCUUCUAGCAAAUGAGGCCAAAUAAAAUAUUGGCCUCGCGAACGAAUGAUGGCAAUUGUUGCCUAUUUCUAUAACGAGUCCUACUGCUUGGAAAUUGUCCACUUUGUCGCGGCGAUCCGUAAGAUUCCCUCACUCGCUUACUCCUUUCAAAUGAAGCCGGCCGUGCUACCACCCACGAAAACUUGGGUCUAAUCAUCGCCCUGCUCGCACUCAUGUGUGAGUGGUUUCCAAAGAGGCACUUUGUGUGCGUCUACAAUGCUGGAAUCAGGAAAGGUUGUUUUUAUGGCUGCCGAGGUUAGUUUGGUUCCCUCCAGGCAAGCCGGCAUGAUGAUGAUGUUUUCCCUUUCAGGCGAGCAAGCGACAUGUCGCCUUCCGACUUCAUCUGGGGACCACAGCGCCUGAAACCCUCACUGUUAAAAAUUCACCAACGAAACGCCUCAUAUUUCCUGGUGAGCAUUUAGGACGCGAUUUGCGUCCUGUGUCUGAAAGUUCUCUGGCGCUGGCUCUGGCUCUGGCUCUGGCUCUCGCUGCAAGGUCGCAGAGCUCUGACGAGCGGACGAUCGUCUUCUGCAUAUGUGCGCAUGAGGAAUUUGCGUCUGGCUCGAGUCUGACGAGCAGAUGAAGGACAUGUGAUCGGGUUCUCUGCAAACGCUAGAAGGCUAACGCCAUAAAGCUGUGAUCGAAGCUCGGAGCGCGCACUCUCGUCUCGUCCCGACGAUGAUGAGUGUGGACGGUCGCGUGGAACCAGAGACACGGGCGGACCUUCGGCAGCCUCCGCUGCCAGAUGAAUUGGUGGAAAAGAUCGUGUCCAUGAUGCCGUUUCCUUCCAUUCUGAAAGCGAGGGUGCUCUCCAAGGGCUGGGCAGCAAAGUUCAAUAGCGACGUAGCGCCGUCUUCCGGGCACCACAAGCAAGAAACGAUCCAGACAAUUCCGCUAUCCCCAUUUCUCAAACAGGUGAUGGAAAGGUCCAACACCACCUGGGAAGCCUUCUGUCCUGCCUUUCUGCGGAGAGACAGCUUCGAAGUGAUCGCAUACAAUCGGACGACUAAUUGCUGGCAGAAACUGCACUCCCUGGCCUACCUCCCGGUCGAUUUCGUCCGCCAAGACCUCACUGCCGAGGGCAGCCUGGUGUGUGGAUCUGUGAUCGAGGAGUGCAAUGUGCACGAACAUAACUUGUACGUGACAAACGUGCUCACCAGGGCCUACAGAGUCCUGCCUCUGCCGCCCAACAUUUCCUCGGUCGGGUGCAAGCACUUGUUGCAGCAGGGCGCCGAUGGAUACUCCGUGGUCGUGUUCAGCCUGGAUCCUCACUGCCGACAGAAUGACCCCUACACCUUCGACGCACAGGUUUACAACUCCAAGGUUCACAGUUGGAAAACGACCAAAGUCAUCAUCGAGCAUGACUUCUACAUGAGCCCUCAAUGCAGCGCGUAUCUUGAUGAAACUCUGUACAUAGUGUCAAGACACGGGCUCGGGGUGCUGACGUCCGGGGAGAUCGGAAUUCUGGCCCUGAAUGUGGAGGACUUGCGGUGGGAGAUGUUUUACAUGUCGUUCCCGGCUCUGAGCAGGCCGUGCACAUCCGUCACCCCGGUGCGCUGCGGAGACCAGCUGCUGCUGGUGUUGUCGUUGGACGUGGAGCCUCGCCGCACUUGGCUCAAUCUGUGGGACAAGCCUUACCGCCAAAGAAUCUCGUCCAUAAAUUCUCAGCAGAGCUUGUUGGUGAUGAGGGUGAAUCUCAAGACUCGACAGCUCGCCCUGGUGACGCGAGGCCCCCCUGAACAUCUGUGCGUGGGAGCACUGCACAACAACCCCGUCACGGAUGGCACGUACAUUUACUUCGGGUCCAAGAGCAGCACCUCGGUCGUAACCUACAAUGUAGAGCAAGACGAAUGGAGCAGUAUUCCCCCUGUCCCUCAAGCGGCAGGAAUCACCCGAGGAUUUCAGUGGAGCGCCUUCUCGUUCCGCCCGGGCUUGAAUUCUUUUCUGGCUGUUUGACUGAUCAAUCAGGGGAAUGCCAACCAGCCCGACUGUGUACACUCACCACGUGCCCCUCAUUGUUCGAGCGCAGAGACUCAAGCUUGAUCCCGUCAGGUGUCGUUGCUCUGAUUGCGAGUAUCGCUAGAAUCUGUGAGCAGCCUCGAUGUAAAUUUUCAUUUGCCGCUCGCUAACUAGACUGGACUAGAUUAGAAUAUUGCCUGUUUACAAUAAUUCGCACUGCGUCGAGAGGCGAGGACGAGGAGGUGGCUGACUCCUCCACGAUCGAUGUGGUCUGCGGGGGAGUGGCUGAAGCUGCAGGGUUCUGCUCGAGGUGGGGCACUUAGGAACGACGUAGGAACGUAGAUAUGUAAAUUGCUCAUUUACCAUUAUAAUAAUUGAAGGGAGAUCAUUUUGCUCCUCAAGAAACAUUGUGUCCACGAG